GCAAACAUGGGGCUCAAGACCUACUGCCUAGGUCUAUCGCUCCUCUUCUUGAGCUUCUCGGUCCAUGCAGAGAACAUAACGAGCGACACUCACUUCUACGGACAAUCGCCACCUGUUUAUCCUUCUCCCGAAGGAACAGGGUCUGGUAAUUGGGAAUCCGCCUACCAAAAGGCCAAGGAGUUUGUUGGCAAAUUAUCUGCUGAAGAGAAGGUGAACUUGACUGCCGGAGUAUCUGUCGAAAAUGGAUGUUCUGGGAAUAUUGCACCGAUUGAACGCCUCGGUUUCCCUGGUUUCUGCGUCUCUGAUGCUGGGAAUGGACUAAGGGGAACCGACUUCGUCAACAGCUGGCCAAGUGGGCUUCACGUGGGAGCCAGUUGGAACAAAGAUCUUGCAAAGAAACGUGGCGCACACAUGGGCGCUGAGUUUCGUCGAAAGGGUGUCAAUUUACUACUGGGCCCUGUGGUUGGUCCACUGGGUCGGGUUGCUGAGGGUGGUCGUAACUGGGAAGGCUUUUCCGAUGACCCGUAUCUUUCUGGUAGCUUGGUCUUUGAUACCAUCCAGGGUAUACAGUCCGCGGGUGUCGGGGCUUCGACUAAGCAUUAUAUCGGGAACGAGCAAGAGACCAAUCGGAAUCCAGAGACAAAUGAACAAGGAGAGUAUACCGAGGCGGUCUCGUCGAAUAUUGACGAUAAGACUAUGCAUGAGCUCUACCUCUGGCCAUUCCAGGAUGCCGUGCUAGCUGGAAGUGCAUCUAUCAUGUGUUCCUAUCAGCGCAUUAACAACUCGUACGGUUGUCAGAAUAGCAAGACGCUUAAUGGGCUUCUGAAGACUGAGUUGGGCUUUCAGGCAAUACAGGCUAUGUUGUUACCGAUUGGGGUGCUCAGCAUGCUGGUAUUGCUGGAGCGAAUGCCGGUUUGGACAUGGUCAUGCCCUCAUCACAGACGUGGGGGGGAUAACCUCACUAUCGCAAUCAAGAAUGGUUCUAUGGAAGCAUCCAGAUUGGAUGAUAUGGCCACUCGUAUUAUUGCGACUUGGUACCAACUCGAUCAAGUUGAAGGAAUCAAGAACCCGGGAAUCGGAAUGCCAUCAGAUAUUACCGCACCGCACAAGCAGGUGAUCGGAAAAUCCCCAGACUCCAAGCCCAUCCUUCUCCAAGGGGCAAUCGAGGGACAUGUUCUUGUCAAGAACACUGACAGCGCCCUCCCCCUUAAAUCCCCCAAUAUGGUUUCGGUAUUUGGAUACGACGCUGCCACCUCGGAUUUCCUCGAAGUGUCGCUCGCCCAACAACAAGACAGCCCACUUUACCAAAAUAGCACACUUUACGUUGCCGGGGGAUCUGGUGCCGGCUCUGCAGCAUACAUCGACGCUCCAAUCGAUGCCAUCCAACGUCAGGCUUAUGAAGACGACUCGUCCGUCAUGUAUAACUUCUACGAUCAGAAUCCCGAUGUGGAUGCGAGUUCUGACGUCUGUGUUGUUCUCGUCAAUGAUUAUGCGACCGAGGGCUUUGAUCGCCCCGGAUUGAGCGAUGAAUACAGCGAUACGCUCAUCACAAACAUCGCGAGUAAAUGCGCCAACACGGUAGUCGUCAUUCACAACGCUGGAAUUCGCGUCGUCGAUAAUUGGAUCGAGAAUUCGAAUGUCACUGCUGUUAUCUUUGCCCAUCUUCCAGGCCAGGAUACGGGUCGUGCUCUGGUGGAUAUUCUUUAUGGUCGCGCUAAUCCCUCCGGUCGUCUUCCUUAUACUGUGGCUAAGAAGGCGUCGGACUAUGGUGAUCUUCUCUCCCGACACAGCCGGACGUUUAUUGAUUAUCGGGCUUUUGAUAAGAAGGGAAUUCCUCCACGCUUUGAGUUUGGAUAUGGAUUGUCUUAUACGAGCUUCAAGUACUCUGGUCUGCAGACUAAGAGCUCGGGUAAAUCCAGUUCGAAGUAUCCUCCAUCUGCAAAUAUUGUCGAGGGCGGAAACCCGCAUUUGUGGGACGUGUUGAUGACAGUCACUGCCGAGGUGCAGAAUGCCGGUAGUAUGGACGGUGAUGAGGUUACUCAGUUGUAUCUUGGAAUUCCUGGCGGUCCUGUUCGCCAACUUCGUGGAUUUGAGAAGGUCUCUAUCGCCAGUGGGCAAAGCGAGUCUGUCACUUUCUCGCUCACGCGGAGGGAUCUGAGUAGUUGGGACGUGAAUGCCCAGGAAUGGGCUUUGCAGGAUGGACAGUACAAGGUUUACGUUGGACGAUCUAGCCGUGAUCUGCCUUUAACCGCCUCUUUCUCCAUCUAA